GAGUACGUUGUGGCCGCGGCGUGAUAUCACUUUCGUUCCGCGAAUCCCUUUCUCUUUGCAAUCGGUGUACGGUGAACUCGCAAGACUUGCCGCGACUUAUCGCCCUCGCCAUGAACGAGACGCAGAUUUUGAAACUCGACCGUGUUAUGUAGAAUUGUUCGUCGGCAUUUGCUAAAUCGCAAACAUCCAGUAUGAAAUUCCACUUACGUUUAAUCAAGUUAUGUUAUCAGUUGAACGCGCAAACUGGGACAGAGAGUUCGUUACACCUCCAAAAUUAUAUAGUAUUGCGUGUUCGUCGUCUCCAAGCGUGGCUGGUAAACUAAAUAUUAUUUAUGGCCAUAUAGUACACAUUUCAUGUUUCGGUUUUAUGUCGGUGAAUUAUGAAUGAAAUGAAAAAUUUUACAGUUCUUCCCCCUGAGGGUAAUUAUUUGCUACAUUAACAAAAACCAUAAGCAAAAAGGCGUAUUGUAUUAUACUUAUUUAUGUUCUAUUGCGCUGAAAUAACGCCAGCACCGUAAACAGAACACACACACACACACACACACACACGCGCGCGCGCGCUUACACACGCUGGAUGUAUUUGUGUGCAGAUAUGAAAAGACGGUUGUGUUUACACGCGGUUUAGGAUUACAUCUCACGUUCGACUCACUCGCCAGCGUGUAUCACUAAACUACGUAGUUAUAUAUAAGCAUGUGGUCGGUACGUGUGGUUUAGCGGAAGAAGAUUAAGCCGAACGUGUUGCACUAGAAAUAGUACGGAGCAGCAGAUUAUUCGUGUUAAGAUUUGUAAUCUUUGUAUAGUCUUCGGGACGAAGUUAAGGGGUCGAAAAUUUCGCCUCUCCUCCAACAACAACAACAACAAACCAAAAACAACGACAAUCGAUCCUUCUAUAAAAAAGAGCCACGGUGGGACGCGUUUCCAGGAAGAACUUCACCCGUGUGACCGCGGAUUCAGAUUAUCGCGGAGAAACGGAUGUUGCGGAAAACAUGCCCAAGGAAGUCAAGCCAACUGUGAUACUGCGCGAGGCCGUCAAUUUUCCUGGCACGACCAAAUUUCCACCAGGUGUUUACACCAGGCAUCCCCCAACGAAAUGCGACCAAACGCUGGACGGUCGGCCUAUACAUUUGCAGAAGAAACGAGCCUACGACGGGAAGGAAAUGGGUCGUCGUAACGGGGCUGACGGCGCCCAGGCCGAGUUCCUGGUACCGUCCAAGGAGCCCUCGGUCUAUCCGAAGAUCAUCAGCAGAAAGGAGUACGACUACUUUCGGGAGAAAGGUCGGAACGUCACCAAGGAGGAACGGGAGGCGAUGAUCGAUGCUGCGGAGAAGGAGAAGGACCGAUUGCUCAGGGAGAGCAUGGCCAGGAAGGAGGAGAUGCGCAGGAUGGACAUGCGGAAGGGACCCAAGGGCCAGAGGGUGAACGAGGUCGAGGCCGAGGCCAGGAAGAGGACCAUGCACCUCCUCGAAAGGGCUUUCAAUCUGAAACUCGAGCAGGAGGAAGAGAUCCAGAAGUGCAACAGGCUCAUCCUCGAGACUAAGUGUCGGGCGAUCAGAGACGCUCAGAUAUCGGAGAAGAAACUGAUCGAGAAGGAGCUCGCCGAGGAGGACGAGCGGCUUAACCGAAUGGCCGAGAACGAGAGGCGACUCGGGCUUCGCGAUGAGGAGAAAAAGGAGGAGGAGGAGAGGAGGAGGCGGAUGAGGACCGCGCAGGCAUUGAAGGAGCAGAUAGAAGAGGUCGAGAUGCAAAGGGUCAUAGAAUUCGAGAGGAAGCAGGAGGAGAGCCGGCUCAUUAACCUGAGCAACAUCGCCUGGCAGCAAGAGGAAAUGCGACAGCAGCAGAUAAAGGAAGCCGAGCACGCCAGGAUGCGAAAGGAGCUCGCCGAGGGGAACGAUCAGCUUCGCCAUUUCAAGGAUAUGGAGAGAGAGGAGAACAGGAUCAUCGACCUCAGGAUACAGGAAUCAAUGCGGAAGCAGGAAGAGAGGGCUGCUCAGAUCGCCGAGGAGACCCGAUUGGCGAAUUUGCGAAAGGAACGCGAGAAGCAGAGAGUCUCGGAGCAGGUGCAGCUGGCGCAGAAUGUUCAGGCGACGAUUGACGAGAUGAACGCCGCCCGGAUCCAAGAGGAAGUUGAGCGGGAGUGGCGGCGUAAAGAGAAAGAGGAGGCGGUGAAGAGGAUCGAGGAUCAGCGCAGGAUGAAGGAAUCGAGGGACGACCAGAUCAACAACAAACGAAUUAUGCAGGCCAUGGAAAUCGAGAGGGACAAACGCGAGUUUCAGCGCGUACUCGUCGUACAGAAGGAGGCCUUGUGUCGCGAGGCGAAAGAACGGGAACGAAAACACCACGAGGCGAUGCGUCAUAGGAGUGAAAUUUUGAAACAGGUUAAUGAGAAGGAGAGAGAGAGGAUCGCCGCGAGGCAAAAAAUGUUCGAGGAGGGACUCGCGAUCAGGACGCAAAAUGAGAUCCGAAUGCAGAAGCUGCGCGGCGCGAUGCAGAGGAAAUGUCAAGAGAUGCGAGAUAACAAGGUACCCGAGUAUUACGUGAACGAAGUUAAACGCAUGAUCGACACUAUCAAGUAAUGAUCUCAUCCUGGAAACUCACAUGUUUCUUCUCACCUCGUUUUGGUAAUCCCUGUUCAUACAAAUCGAACGUCACGCGACGGUGAAGUCGGCAGUCACGUUCCUUAUCAGCCGAUUUUAUCACGAAUUAUACAAUUUUUUUAAACUCGCAUUUAUAUACUAAUUAAUAAUCGGGAAUGCAUAUAACUAUCAUAUUUUUAUCCGCGUGUGCACGAAUGUUUGACACUAUAGCAAUUGAUCUGUACUGUAAUACUUGUGUUAUUAAUAAAUUAUUAUAUACCUAAUCAUGAGAUUGGUGGUAUAAAUUAAAAUUC